AUGGAGGAGAUGAACCUGCCGCGCGUGCGCGACGCCGCGCUGAGCUUCGCGGUCGACGGCUACCCGACCACGUACCUCUCCGAUGACGACCUCCACGCCGCGCGCCGCGGCUGGGGCGACGGCCGACUCAAUCCCAAGGGCGUCUCCUUCAGGCACUCCCGGAGCAAGAGCAAGCCGUGGGAGGCGUCGAUCAGCUUCAUGGGCAAGAACCGCGGCCUGGGCUCGUACGCGACGCCCGACCAGGCCGCCCGCGCCUACGACUGCGCCGCGCGCAUCGCGUACGCGGGCCUGCCGCUCGAGUCCCUCCGCGAGAAGCUCAACUUCCCCGACCACCUCGUCUACCCGCCCGAGGCGUGCCGGAAGGGCCUCUCCAAGAUCCAGGAAGACCUCAUGGGGGCGGAGGAGGCUGCCGUGGUGCUCCAGGACAUCUCCUGCGUCGCGCCUGCGCCCGAUCCGGCGGCCGCGACGCCGCGCGCGCGGCAGACCGGCGCGAGGAGCGCCGCGAACGGCGCGGCGGGGAAGCACGCGGACGGCGCGGGCGGCGCGGGGGCUGCGCCCGGGGCGGACGAUGGAGACGCGCUGCCGGAUCCCGAGGACGCGGCGGCCUUCGAGGAGACGCUCGAGGCGUUCCUCGCGCUGCGGUGCGGCCCGGAGCGCGACGAGGAGGCCGCGAACGCCGCCGAGGACGGCCCGCCGGGCGCGUGUGCCACCGCCAAGGCACAAGCGGAGCGCGCCGGGCCUGCGAGCGCGCGGCCGGGCUCCCGCGGCGAGGGCGCGACGGCGGGGCCUGAGGGCGAGGCGGAGGGCGCGGCGGAAGCGCAGGAGGCCGCGCAGGACCCGGAGCAGGAGCCUGAACAGGACGAAGUGCCGUCGCACGGCUUCCUCGGCGUCCCUGAGUGGCUCGAGGAGCACCAGCUGGCCACUACGGACGAAGGGUUCCUCGCGUGGGAGAUGGAGAUGCCUCACAGCAACAUCAGCGGGCGCGGCAGGAGCGCCGGGGAGGACGCGAGGCAGGCCCAGCGCAUCGACGCGCGCCUGGACGAGCUCGAACGCGAAGCCGAGCUCGCCGCAGACAACCCCGACCCGGACGCGCCGUACGUGCCGCGUUGGGGCGACGGAGGGGCAGCGGCGCAGCAGCAGCACGCGGGCACGGCUGGGCGGGUGUGGAAGGGGCUGUACCACCGCCCGAGCAAGAACCGGCCCUGGGAGGCCUCGAUCUCGUUCCUCGGGCGCAACCGCGGCCUCGGGUCGUACGUCAGCCCCGAGGAGGGCGCGCGGGCCUUUGACGCAGCGGCGAGGCUCAUCUUGCAGGGCCUCCCGCCCGAGGACAUGGGCGCGCGGCUGAACUACCCGCACAGGGAGUUCCCUGCGCCGGAGCGCGCGGUGGCGGGAAUCGAGCGGAUCCGAGCCGACAUGGACGCGGAGGGCAUCUCCGUGCGCGACGCGCACUUGUACGCAGUGCGCGGGAAGGCGGGCAUGCGGCGGCCGCAGGGCGCGGCGCCUGCGCCUGAGGACGAGGAGGACGGGGAGGAGGAGGCGGAGCGCGAGGCCGAGCGGCUGCCGGCGCGGCCCCGGAAGCCGGGGGAGUGGGGGGGGUCGGGGAAACGGCGCGCGUACGCGCCGCUGCCGGCGCGGAUGGGGCAGGGGUUCUGGGCGGAGGAGGCGAUGCGGGGAUACCCGGCGGAGGGCUCGGCGAGCGAGGGCAGCGACGGGGAGGAGCCGUCGGACCGCGCUGUGGCGCGGUGGGGGGAGUGUUGUCUGCCGGAGGACAGCUGGGGGUCGAUCCUCGCGAACGACGCGGGGUUCCGCGAAGUCACGUCCGCGCCGCAGGCGUCCGGCGCGGCAGCGCUCGGCGGCGUGCAGCUCCGCGCGCCCCCCGGGCCUCUCGCGCCGCCGCCGCCGCUGCCACUGCCGCCGCCCGUGCGCCCGCCGCCGCCAGCGCCCGGCCCCAGCGGCCUCGCGCCGCUGGUGCUGCCCCCCGGCACGCUCGUCGGGAACCGCUACCACACCUACUGCAUGGUGUGUCACGAGAAGGGCGGCGACGGCCUCGUGUGCGAGAAUGACCUGGACCUGUGCCCGUGCACGGUGUGCUGGGGGUGCCUCGGCAUCGACUCGCUCGAGGCCAACUUCAUCGACUUCUUCUACUGCCCGUCGUGCGUCGACCGGCGCGGGCUGCAGGGGCGGCACCGCGACGACGCGUCGACGCUGCCGUACGACCUCGAACGGCUGCGCGUGGCAUGGAUGCGCGCGAAGGAGGAGCACGACUUGCUGCAGAAGCAGCACGCGGCCGAGACGGGCGGCGUCGCGCAGGUGUGGGGCGCGCCGCUGCCGACGGCCUUUGCGAUCGCGCCCAGCGGGUGCGCGGACGGGCGCGCCGCCGCCGGCGCGAGCACCGGUGCGGCGAAGAGCGAGCGGGCGCGGAAGCGCGCGCGCAGCCGGAGCGGCGCGGGCGCGCGCGGCGAAGGACGCCGCAGCUGGGGACGCAAGCAGGCCUGGGACGCCGGUCGCGCCGCGGGCGCUGACGGCGCGGCAGGCGCGCAAGCGCGCCGCGGAGGCCGAGGUUGCCGGCGAGGCGCAGCGUGCGGCCGCGAUCGAGGAGGGCGUCGCGACCUCCGCGCAGGUGCGGCCCGCACAGGCCGACAACGCGGCGCGCCGGCGGCCGGCGAAGCGGGCGCGCGGCGCGCAGAAGGCGGAGGCGAGGGCGCAGCCAGCGCAGGACGACGAGGAGCCGCUCCUCGCGCUCUUCAUCGAGCCGGACGGCAGCCUUGUCGUAGAGCUGCACGUGGUGCCGGCUGGGCCUCCGGGGUCGAGUAA